AUGCGAUGUCCGCAGGAGCGCCCGGUUCCUCUUCUGCUGCUGCUGCACUUUGUUUUCAUUUUGGCAUCCGGCCACGAAGAGCUUCCCGACUCUGGCACAGUCUUCUCCCUCUUUGCAGAGCAAGGUGGUUUGUUCCAGUCAGAAUCAGACGCAUCCAUCGUCCACCCAGAGAAAACUGAUGCUCAUGGAGAGUUCAUUACUCACUCUCUGUCUCACCACUUCCAGGGUGGAAGAGUCAGACGUGACCUGCGAUCCCUCGCAGCGGAGGAACAGGUUUACUAUAAGGUCAACUACAGGGGUCGAGCUUUAUUGUUCAAUUUGACUGCCAACAACAACCUGCUUUCAAAUGGCUACAUCCUGGAGAGGAGGAACGGCAGCGCCAACAGGACUGAGCAUCGUCCCUCGGGGGGGAAUUCCUGCCACCUCCUCGGCACCGUGGAAACGUCUGAUGUGAGAGGAACUGCUGCCAUCAGCACCUGUAAAGGACUGAGAGGCUUCUUCUCGCUGCCUGAGGGACAAUAUUUUAUCGAACCUGCUCAGAAACCUGCUGAUGAUCCUUCAGGGACUCCAGAGCCCCACGUGGUCUAUCCCAGAGCUCCUGCAGAAAAUCACAGGAAGAAACGCAGCCCGGAGUCUAAGGACACACCCGGUGCAUGUGGAGUUCAAGAUGCUCCCGGUGACUCCGUCCAGGUGGAGGGGGAGAGGGAGGAGUGGGAGAGGGAGCAGCAGGGCGGGGAGGAUCAGGCUCGGUCUCGCUCGCAGCGCUCGGUCAGCAGGGAUCGCUGGGUGGAGACCAUGGUGGUGGCCGACUCCAAACUCCUCGAGUAUCACGGCAGCGAUAAUGUCGAGUCCUACAUCUUCACCAUCAUGAACAUGGUGGCGGGAAUAUUUCAUGAUGCCAGUAUUGGGAACGCCGUCCAUGUCAUCCUGGUGCGCCUCAUUUUGUUACAGGGAGAAGAGAAAGGGUUGAAGAUCGUUCACCAUGCAGACACUACUCUGGCCAGUUUCUGUGCUUGGCAGAAAAACCUCAACCCUCAGAGCGACACACACCCGGCUCACCAUGACGUGGCCGUGCUGGUCACCAGGAAAGACAUCUGUGCUGGGAUGAACCAGCCCUGUGAGACCCUGGGUCUGUCUCAUCUGUCUGGGAUGUGUCAGCCUCACCGCAGCUGCAAUAUCAAUGAGGACUCGGGGCUGCCUGUCGCUUUCACCGUCGCUCAUGAAAUGGGCCACAGCUUUGGAAUCCAUCAUGACGGCCAGGGGAACGACUGCGAGCUGGCAGGCAAGCACCCGUUCAUCAUGUCCCGACAGCUGAUGUACGACAGCUCGCCUCUCACUUGGUCUUCCUGCUCCAAAGAAUACAUCACCCGCUUCCUCGAUCGUGGAUGGGGUUUCUGUCUGGACGACCGUCCUUCCAAGAGGGAUCUGACCACGCCGCUGGCUCGCCUCGGCGUCCGCUACACCACGCACCACCAGUGCCAGCUCCAGUAUGGCCCCAAUGCUACGUUCUGCGCUGAGGUUGAUAACGUUUGCCAGAUUCUUUGGUGUUCGGUGAACGGCUCCUGUCGCUCCAAACUUGACUCGCCUAUAGACGGAACCCGCUGCGGACCAGAGAAGUGGUGCAUCUCGGGAGAGUGUGUGAUUGUGGGUAAACUCCCAGAGACUGUGAACGGAGGCUGGGGACAGUGGAGUACCUGGUCUCACUGCUCCAGGACCUGCGGGACAGGGGUUCAGUCAGCGGAGAGGGAAUGUAACAGCCCCAAACCAGAGUUUGGGGGCAAGUACUGCACCGGAGAAAGGAAGCGCUAUCGGACGUGUAACACAAAACCCUGCCAGAGGGGAAAACCGACCUUCCGAGAGAUGCAGUGCAGUGAGUUCGACACCGUGGCCUACAACAACGAGCUCUACCAGUGGAUUCCCGUGUUCAACCCGUUGAACGCCUGCGAGUUGCACUGCCGACCGGUCAACGAGUAUUUCUCGGAGAAGAUGCUGGACGCGGUGACGGACGGGACGACGUGCUUCAUGAACAACAAGUCCAGGAACAUCUGCGUCAACGGCGUGUGCAAGGACGUCGGCUGUGACUGUGGCAUCGACUCGAACGCGGUGGAGGACCGCUGUGGCGUUUGCCUCGGCGACGGCACGAGCUGCGAGACCGUCUACAAGUCCUUCAACGAGGCCGACGGCUUCGGGUACGUGGACGUGGGCGUGAUACCUGAGGGGGCGCGGGACAUCCUGGUAACGGAAGUGGAGGAGGCAGGUAACUUCCUGGCUCUGAGGAGUGAGGCGUCGGAGGAGUACUUCCUCAACGGCAACUUCGUCAUCCAGUGGAACGGCGAGUACCAGGCCGGUGAGACCACCUUCUACUACGAGCGCAGCGGGAACAUGGAGAACCUCACCGCUCCCGGACCCACCAAGCAGCCAGUCAUGCUCCAGCUGCUGUUUCAGGAGAAGAACAUGGGUAUAAAGUACGAGUACACGGUAAAGAAGACCAAAGAGGCAGGAAACGAGAUCAUCGAACCCACUUACAGUUGGAGACACGGGGCGUGGACGGACUGCAGCACCACCUGUGGCUUAGGUGAGCAGUUCCAGCCUGUGCGAUGCUUCGAGGUGGACAUGGGCGUGGUGGACGAGUCUCUGUGUGACCCAGAGAGUCGUCCUGAGGACAGACACCGAAGAUGCAAGACGAUGGAUUGUCCCGCAAGGUGGUGGGUCGGAGGUUGGCAGCAGUGCUCAGCCACCUGUGGAUCCGAUGGGAUGAGAAAGCGAACGGUGCUGUGCGUCCGCACGGUCUCUGCAGAGGAACGGGUCCUCCACCCUGUGGAGUGCAAGCAUCUCCUUAAACCCAAACCUGUGGUGCAGUGCAACAGAGACGUACCGUGUGGGCAGGACUGGGCGGUCGGGAACUGGGAGGAGUGCCCAGUCACAUGUGGAGGAAGCGUUCGCUCACGCAUAAUCACGUGUGCACUCGCGCCCACAAAGACCUGUGACCUCUCCACCAAACCUCGGUCCAGAUCCCUGUGUGCCCUGCAGAGCUGCCCUAACGCAAGUCUACGUAGACGACCUGGGCCUCCCCCCAAAUACCGCCGCGUCUACCCACCGAAGAGCCGCCCUGCCGUGCCUCCAGCUUCCCCCACCUGGGCUCCCACCAGCCCCACGGCCACAGCCACUGUCCCUGCGACACAGAAAAUAACCAAAGAAACGACAACUGCUGUCGUCCCUACCACUAAAUCCCCUUUGACCCCGGAAACCACAACCCCUGAGAUCGUCUACAAAGAUGAUGAUUAUGAGUUCAGUGUUGUAGUGAGGAACGAUGGGGAUAAGAAGGAGGAAGUUUUUCCUUCUAAACCCAGCUCUGUGGAAAUGGAGAAGAAAUCAAGUGGGGAGGAAAAGGAAAACAUGGAGGGAGAGGAGGGAAGUACGCCAAACGUGGUGAUGAACACUCCAGGAUAUGAUUAUGUUGUCGAGGAUAUGACGGCUGAAGAGGAGGUGAUCAUCGACUUGGAUGUUUCUACCAAGGCUACAUCCUUGAAAGAUCCUCCCACGUCGACCACUUCACAAACAAGUCCACCCACCGUGCACACAACCAGAACACCCACCACAACCAGCUACUCCACCCCACACACCAGCACUGAAACAUGGGUGAAGACCACUCGCCACUUAUCCAACCCCCGCACCAGUCCACGGAGCCACUGGACACACAGGGCUCCCCUCACCACUCCCAUGUACAAGAAGCACUCAGUCCCGUCGAAAACCGUCUCCCGGACGACGAGAGCUCCGUCCACAGCUGCAAGAAAACUGUUCACCACUGCUGCAUCGGCCCAGCCCACAGUCAAGAUAAUUAAAGUGAAGAAACCUGCUGUGACACCAAAGAAAAGCAGUUCCGUCUCACGUGCUAAAAAGCCCUCGUCACGGUCCAAAGGCGCCAAGAACCCGAACCAGCGCCCGGGGGGUCCGGUGAGCAGCCCCCCCAGUGACCAAAGCACCGUGAUGGCCCGGCAGCCGGUCAGCAGGGAGAUCUCCUGGGUUGUAGGAAACUGGAGCGAGUGUUCAACAACAUGUGGCAUCGGUGCAAUAUGGCGAACCGUGGCGUGCAGCUCUCCGAACGAUGAGGACUGUGCCAACGUGAAGAGACCUGAGCCUGCACGUACGUGUGAGCUGCAGCCCUGCGCCACCUGGCAAAGUGGCAGCUGGAGCAAAUGCCCAGAUAACUGUGCAGUGGUGGGACGGAGGCACCGGGACGUCCAGUGUGUGGAUUCUCAGAGUAAACGUCCCCUCAGGCCGUUCCACUGCCAAGCGGAGUCCAGCCGACCCGUCAGCUCGUUGACGUGUCCCCACAAGCCCUGUAUGACCUGGAGCAUAUCACCCUGGGGACAGUGCUCCGGCAGCUGUGGCGAAGGCAUCAGGGAGCGUCUGGUGUACUGUCCCGAGCCUCAUCGCUGCAGCACCACGCUGAGACCAAACGACACGGACACCUGCAGCCUAAAGCCCUGCACGCACUGGAAGACCGAGGAGUGGGAAGAGUGUCCUGCGAGUUGUGGUGGGGGUCAGCAGCAGCGGCAGGUCAACUGUGUGAGUGACCAGGAUUCAGCUGUGAUGCCAAACAACCUCUGUGAAAAGUUUUCCAAACCAGAAACACUCAGGAAGUGCAACAUGCAGGAAUGCAAGACCAACACAGGUCCAGUUUGCAGGAAGAACACCAUGUCCUCACGCUUCUGUGACAAGCUGAAGCUCCUGGGCCGCUGCUCUCUCAGAUCGGUCCAAAGACAGUGUUGUGUCACCUGCGGGCCGUAGCCAGGGUUACACACACACACACACACACACACACACACACUUAUAUACAAGCAUAUACUACAAUGGACACACCCCAGAUACAGUAACACAUUGGAACCAGUGACCACAGUAGUCCCAGUUACCACAACAUGACCACAAGCACAUUUUAAUCAGCACACAAACAAACCUUUUUAAAUGAAAAAGUUUGAAAUGCAGAAUUGAAAUAUUUUAAUAACUUUUAAUUAAAAAAAUUGGGAAAUUAUUUGUAGGUAAGUACAAUAUUUCCAACAAAACAUACUCGGUAAACAUUAAAGCAGUCCAAUAAGAGCUCAAGAGCUGGUUUCUACACAGUGGAUUGUACUACAUGGUGCAGCUCUUAUAAUCUUAUUAUAUAAAGAUGCUCCACAUUCAAGUCACCAGUUCUGUUUUUAUUUCAAAGUGAACAAGUAAAAAUAAUUCAGAAUGUAAAUAAAGAGGGUUUUUUUGUUACUGAUUUAAAUUUUAAAUUGUUAAUAGUAAUGAUAAUCAAUGUUUUUUGGACUCUAUAUAUUUAGCUGUGUUUCCUGCUUGAUGUGUGGUCUUGCCGGCACUGUGUGUUUACAGGUUUUCCUGAUUCAGUUAUGAUGUAAAUUAUAAAAAAGAAACUACAAAAAUCAUCAGCAGAACCUUCUUAGUUCUCCAGCUCGAACCUGGGUGCUUCUCCUUGGUGUGGGAUUGAUGAAUGAGAAAGAGGUGUUGCAGGUCAUCCCUCUCUGGUCCCUGUAAAGACUGGCCUCUGUGUUUGUAUGAUAUUGUACAGGCAUCACCACCAGUGUCAUGUAUCUGGUUCCGUCAACAUCACAUGUCUCCAUGGUUAAUAAAAGAUAUUUGUGACGAAGCUGCUUUACAGCUGACACAUUGAAUAAAAAACAUUUUAAAUGUC